CUGCGCAUCCAGGCAGCGCGCAUUGGCGGCGUGGAGGUGCCCAACCAGAAGUAUGUAGAGUAUAGUCUGCAGUACAUAUUUGGCAUCGGCCACACGACCGCCAAGGCCAUCCUGGUCACCACCGGCGUGGAGAACAAGCGCACCAAGGACCUGUCCGAGGAGGAGCUGACACGCCUGCGUGAGGAGGUGGACCGCUACACUGUUGAGGGCGACCUGCGCCGCUUCAACGCGCUCAACAUCAAGCGGCUGAAAGAGAUUGGUUGCUACCGCGGCCGUCGCCACUACAACAACCUGCCCGUGCGUGGCCAGCGCACCAAGAACAACGCUCGGACGCGUAAAGGUCGGAACGCUGCUGCGUCGUAUGGGCUGGGAGCGGCGGUGGUGUCGGAUCGGCUGAAAAUUAGAUAG